AUGCGGCCAUCAAGUAUUUAUGAUUUGUCCAAAUCGAUAAGCACGCAACUAACAAUUACAGCUAUAUUUUCAGAAAGUCGAUAUCCCGGAUUUAAAACGUUAUAUUUCUUUCUUUUUCUUUCUUUCUUUUCCUUCUUUUUCUUUCUUUCUUUCUUUCUUUUUUAUCGCUUUUCCCUUUCUUUCUUUCUUUCUUUCUUUCUUUCUUUCUUUUUUAAUUUUCUUUCUUUUUCCUUUUCUUCUUUCUUAUUUUUUCUUACUUUUUCAAUCUUUCUUUUUUCUAUUUUUCUUUCUUUCUUUUUUCUUUUACUUCCUAUCUUUUUAUUUUCCUUCUUUCUUUCUUUCUUUCUUUCUUUCUUUCUUUCUUUCUUUCUUUCUUAUCCUCAUUUUUAUUUCUUUCUUUGUCUUUCUUUCUCUCUUUCAAUAUUUAUCUCCCUCCUUUUUUUCUCUCUCGUUCUUUCUUUCUUUCUUUCUUUCUUUCUUUCUUUAUUUAUUUAUUUAUGCCUCGUGUUCUUUCUUUCUUUCUUUCUUUCUUUCUUACAUUGUUUAUUUAUUUCCUUAUUUAUUUAUUUAUUGAUGCUUCAUGUUCUUUCUUUCUUUCUUUCUAUUUUUUCUUUCUUUCUUUCUUUUUUUCUGUCUUUCUUUCUUUCUUUAUUUCUUUAUUUAUUUAUGCCUCGUGUUCUUUCUUUCUUUCUUUCUUUCUUUACUUAUUUAUUUCUGCCUCAUGUUCUUUCUUCCUUUCUUUCUUUCUUUCUUUCUUUCUAUCUAUCUUUCUUCCUUCCUUUCUUUCUUUCAUUGUUUAUUUCAUUAUUUAUUUAUUUAUGCCUCAUGUUCUUUCUUUCUUUCUUUCUUUCUUUCUUUCUUUCUUUCUUUCUUUCUUUCUUUCUUUCUUCAUACCGCCUUCAAACCAAUUUUCUUUUUUUUUCUUUCUUUCUUUUUGUUUUUUCUUUUAUUUAUUUUCCUCUUUUUUCUUUCCUUUCUUUUUCUUAUUUUCCUUUCUUUCUUUCUUUCUUUCUUUUCCAAUCUUUCUUUCUUUUUCGCUUUUUCUUUUUUUUACUUUGUUUCUUCCCCUCGUUUUCUUUUCUCUUUCUUUCCUUCUUUUUUUCUCUCCUUAUCCCACUCUUACUCUAUUUCUUUUUCUCUUUUUUCUUCUCUUUGUUUCGCUUCUCUUUUCUCUUUAUUUUUAGCUUAUUUUUUCGCUUUCUCUUUAUUUCCCGCCUUUUCUUUCUUUUUUUCUUUUUUCUUUCUUUCUUUCUUUCUUUCAAAAAUUUUCUUUUUGCCUUUAUUGCCCUCUUUUUCUUUCUCUUUUUCUUUCUUUCUUCUUUUACUUUUUUCUUUUUCCUUUCCUCUUCAUUCUUUCCUUCCAAUUUUACUUUCCUUUUCUUUUUCUCUUGUUUUUAUUUAAUUAUUUAUGUCCCCAUUUUAUUUCUUUCGCUCAUUUUUCUUUUUCUUUACUUCUCUUUAUUUCUCUCUCUUUCUCUCUCAUUAAUUCCUACAUUUACUUUCCUCUUCUCACUCUUCUUUCUUUCUUUCUUUCUUUCUUUCUUUCUUUCUUUCUUUCUUUCUUCUUAUUGCUUUACUCUUUUUUGA